GCCGACGCCCUGGCUCAUGUAGUCGAUCCAAAGUCAAUGAGGCAACCUUGGUUGAACAAACGUACUCCUUAUCCUAGCGGAAUUGUUGCGAGCUAAGCAGAGGGCGCUCUCCUGGAACGAUGCGACGCCGCCUAUCGUACUCAAAUAUCUCGUCAGCCAUGGAAAGUAGGCUUAUGGCUUUGGUGUGUUGUUGACAAUCCCAUUCUCAUCGGUGGGAAGUUUGUGAAGUUUCUGAUACAGCUUAUGCGGCAGUGUUAGAGACAAAUCAUCGUUUUUCGCGAGUGGCAAAAUGUGAUGUGUGGCCGCGCAGCAAAUGGAGUAUUGUCUUUUGUUUAGCGACAUCGGCGUUGCGCACAGAAAGAGCGGGAGGUUUUUUGGGCAAGGUACCUGGAUCUGGUGGUGAUGACUGUCCUAUAUGCUGAGUCUGCAUGAGGAGUUGUUACCAUGGCUUGGGCUAUUCCUAUAUCUGAGGUCACCUCAUAGAGGUUCUACUGUACUCUUCAAGGCCCCUACUCCCUGAGUGUUACAAGGAUAUCAUUACAGUUUAAAAGGAUCCUUGUGCAGGCCAGAGAUGAUAGUCCCAUUUCUGCUGAGUGACAUUGAGGAAGUAGUGGAACAGUCACAGGACACUGCAGCAAAUGCACACAACUCCGUGACCUCAGCACCAGAUAUGCCUGUACUUGCACACCUACUGGGACAAGGCCGCACAACACAGCUGGCAUCAAUUCAAGGCUGCCAACCCGCUGUGCAGAACAUUGUGUCAUCAUCCUUCCCUAAAGUAACACAGGCUGUGAAACUGAAUGCACUAGGCGGUGCUGGUGAAUACAAGUUUGUAGUGGUCCCCGAUGACCAAAACAUUAUCGCUUUGCAACCUCAAGGGCCACAGCAGUGGUAUGUUUCAACAGGGUCAAGCUCUUCAAAUCCAAGUACCGUCAAUUUCGUUACUGCUCCACAGGGCUUGUACCAGGUAGCCCCGCAAAAAGAAAAUACAAAACAGGUGAAGGUCCUCCAGGGCGUGGGCCCUCCCAGAAAAAACGUAGGGGGCGUUACUCUCCUCCAACCUAACUUGCAGAAUCAUGGCAGACUGCUGUCAAAGGGCGUCCCAGUCGUCAUAGUUAACAGAGAUGGAGAUUCACCUGCUGCAGUAGUACAACAGUCAGGAGCUAAUUACGAAGUAUCCCACCCCUUACCAUCACCUGCGGAAAGUAGUGGUCACGUCUCGCAUCAGAGUCGAGCGUUGCCUUCCCCGGCGGACUCUCUCGUGACGCAACAAAACGACGAUGCAUCGAUGCCAGUUAUUACUAGUGUGAUGAGCCUUUCUAACGUGGACUUCAACAGCAUCGACGAUAAUGCGCGGAUGGUUGUGAAAAACCGCCAUGUCGUCACGACCGUGGACAAUCUCAAACAGCCGGCAGCUUCAUUGCAAAAGACUGUGCUGUUGAGAAAAGCUCCACACACCAGUGCAACUGGAAGCAGUCAAAGUCUCUUGAUCUCGAAUUCGACAAGCCAAGCUGGAAAUACGGCCGAUCGGUUGAACAACGCUCCUGAAGCUGGAAGCUCUGCCAAGGCUGUUCCAAGAAUUAUAUCCAGACCAGGUGCAACCACUCAGCUUCAACCACCUACCAAACCUGUAAAAUAUAUCUUGAAAAAAAGUGUCGCAAACGUCCCAAGAAGGCCUCUGCUCGGUUCCGUCUCGGGGCCCAAGGCCAGUGAAAGGUCAGUAACUGUAAUAGGUAACAAAGUUGCUGUGACUAAUACCAGCAAGGCUACUGGUAGUCCUGUUACUACUGUGCUGGCACCUCAGCGUGACAAGAGCAACGGAGUGGGAGUCUUUGAACUUGAUGCAGUGAAAAAGGUUGGAAAUACAAUCAUGGGGUCAACCAUAACUUUUAAGCCUUCACUGGAGCAGAGCUCAGUGAAGGAGAGCGAGAAUGAGAAGUCUAUGAUACAAAAGCUGCAGCAGGCAAUCAGCUGUUUUGAAGAAUCUGCACUAAAGUCAAACAGUACCUUCAACACGGAAGAGAGGAACAUGCUGGAGACUGUGUUGAGCAAUUUGAAGGGGAAUGCGAGCCAAAUGAAGGCAAAGAAGGAACCAACAUUCGCAGCACCACAAAAAAUUCCGGAAGGUACGUUGUCCAAGAGUCAACCAGACGAAAAACUGAACGCCAGCCAAAGUGCCACGCCAGGCAAAAAACCCAUGCGAAGGAUUGUGAUAACAUCGGAUACUGUUCCAUCUGUUGCUGCACAUGUGGUUAAGGAAGGGAUCGAGGCAUUUUUGCUGAGGAACAACAUCUCAAACGACUUCACGGAAGAUGAAAUUUUGAACCUGCACUGGGACGGCAAAGAUAUCAGUACUCUUUACCGUAGAGAAGAGCAGCAGGCAGCGUUCCCAAAUGUUGUCACAGUAAAUGACAACACAAGUGCAAUGCAGCCAGCAACGGUUCGUUCUUCGCCAGAUCAGUCCAUGAAACUCGAGUUCAAGCCGCGCGUUAUUCGAGUUAUAAAAAAGAAUGGUGAAGUUGUGGAGCGAACACUAGGAGAUAAUUGCCCCUCCUUGCCUGUUCUGACUAACCAGCACAGUACAUCAUCACCUGUACAGUCUAGUUCAAAUUCACCUGCCACCCAAGCAGCACCAGUGUCUCAGGCUUUAAACAGCACACGACUUGUAAAGGUCCUGCCUCCUCCACCACAACCACCUCAACCAAGGGAGCCGGUAUCUCAGUCGAAACAGACAGCUGUUGCAAAGCAACCCUUGCAAACAUUGCUGAGUGACAUGAGAGAUAAGAGCAGCGAGGAUAAACAACUGCGCUAUGUAACAGCACUGUUUCCUGAUGGACAGUUGCGCAAAAUUGCCAUAUCUGGUAUCCAGGUGAGAAAGGAACCUGCGAAGAAAUCUGAUUCUGGGAACACAAGGCAAGAACCUAAAAUUAAGAGAGAUAGGACACUUGAUGAGCAAAAGACUGGAUCUGUAGAGAACUCUUCCUCGGAAUGUGACAUCUCAAACAUACUAGAGCCAGAAGUAGUGUUGGAAGAAUCGAACACUGCUCUGAAUUAUAGCGCCAGUGAAUUAUCUCCGUCGUCGUCGUCGUCUUCGUCUUCGGAAUCAGAUUCUUCUUUCAACUGCAACUCUGAAUCUGAAGAGAGUGAUGAGGAGGACCUUGUUCAAGAAUGGAGCCCAAGUCGCCGAGCUUCGGACAGACAGACAGCCCAGCCGCAGCAGUCUCCACAACAGAAGCGUAAGCGACGGCCACCAGACCCUUACCGGAAGCGCAGGAGAUACGCUGCACGCAGGAGAGGCAAGAAGGUUAAAGUAGAUGAGGGCACAGGCCCGGAGAUAGAGCCCAUUGCUGCGAGGCUUCGUUACGCGAAUGCCAGAGCAACGGUUGUGGUAAACUGUACUAACUGCAUAGCCAACCCGUGUAUUGUUGUGAUGGACCGUUUGGAUGACGAUGUUGUCAAAACCGGAAGGGUUAACCUGGAACUGUAUAAGGAACCGGAGUUGUUUGCACUGAGUGCGACACCGAAGGUUACGCUGAACAGCAGCAGGGUGGUGGAAGCUGUCAAGCUUCAGCAAGUGAACACAAAGGGCGAGGAACCUGCUGGAAAAGCUCCAGUUGCGGAACCGACUGAUCUGAUGCAGAUGUUGCUGGAUAGCCGAAAACAGCUUGAGGAGCUUCGGAAGAAGUACCAGUGAUAAUUCUCGUGAUGGGAUGUUCUCGUGUUCAGUGGGAAACAGUGUACAUAUGUGAUUCAUUUUACAUUGUUGUCCUUGUGUGUGGCAUCAAGCUGCCCUGUACAAGCAUGGAGAGAUGUGCUGGUACAGGUUGCCUGCGUUCUACAGGCACUGCAUUUCUAAUACACUCAUCCUCAACUGUACAUUUUUGCUGUUUCAUACACUGCAUACUACAAGUUUUGAACUCUUGCUUGUACAUACUUCAACCAUGUUACCAUGCUAUUCCAGACACGUACCUCUCACCUGUUUAGUUAAAGACCAAGUAUAGAUUUUUUUCUUUUCACUUUAUUGGUUCUUUUUUUUUGUUUUUGUUUUUUAAUUACUAUGCUGUGUGAACAUGGAAACGAUGUAUGCCUGUUCCGUCGACUGUUUUGACUCAUUCUGGCACGCAUUUGGUCCCCAGAAAGAGCGCACUUGCAGUGGAAGGAGUACCCCCCAAUACAGUGAUGAACCAGGAAUGGGGAGAUAGAGCAUAAGAAACAGCAAAGACUUCUAAAAUCAUUAUAACCCCAGUUUUAGAAUGUAUCACCAACCUGCCCGGAUUUUAACCUUGUUUCAGAGAAGACUUGACUGAUCGCCGUCACCGUGUAUAACGCGUGUUGUCGAGGUGAUUGCUACAUAUUCCCAGCCAGCGAUGAUCCUAUCCGAUGGAUGAGCACUUUGGAGAAUUCCUGUGAACGACCGUGGAGAAAUAGCACCACAGCAACUAGUCGACUGCAUUUCGGAAAGGACGGCUAAGCACCCCCCUUUGCUAUGUCACUGCUGGGUAAUAUUAUAUUUCUGUGAAUGUUAUUACCUCGAAGUGCUUGCUGUUGCAAAACGCACCUACCAGAUAUCUGAGUUGUCGAUUUUCGGUUAUUGCAACGUGGUUAGUGUGGCAUAAUGGGUGCGGUGUAGCAUGGUCGUGUGCGGUUAUUUGGGGGGGGGGGGGGUUGAAUCCCCCAAAGCAUCCCCACUCACUACACCCCUACCUCAGUAUGGUACGCCUAUCCCGAAUUCUGGCCAUAGCAGGCUCGUGCGACAAAAAAAAUAAAAGAAAGAAAACGCAUGUAGUGAAGUUUCAACUGACCCUCACAUUAAACUUAUGCAUCAUCAUGAGUAUCAUUGGGUGUUUGACUAUUAUGGAAGUUCAGUAAUGGCUUUGAACGUAAUGGUUUUUUUCUACUCAAAGGUUUAAUGGUAGAACAAGAGCUACUGGCUAUACUAAUAGGUUGCAGAAAAGAUGUGACAAGAAAAAAAUUAGGCCCAACCAAAAGGCAGGCUAUAAUGUGCAAAGAUAUGGAGCGCCUACUUUUUUAUAUUGUGUCAUAUCAAAUUAAAUUAUUCAGCUGUCCUGUGUGACUGUUGCACAAGCAGUUUCAUUUUUAAGGAUUCCCUUGAGCUGUUUUGUCUUUGCCAUCUCGUAGUAUGAUGGAUGAGAAAGGGCAUGUAUUAGGAUACGCAAGUCAGAAAUGAGUGAAGUUAUCUCUGUCUGUUAUUAACAUAUAGAAUGUAGAAGGUGUUUCCGAACCAUGUUAAAAAAUUGUAAAUAAAAUGCAUGCUACAGAAGAAUACACAUGAUUUUUCUGUAGCGUAUGUGUGUUCUUUUUUACAAU